AUGAUGUCCCCAAUCCUUGCUUCAGCUCUACUUCUCUCCGGGGUCCUGGCGGAGCACUUCCAGGUCCCUUUACAACAUACCAUCUCACCUUGCUCCACCAGUCCACAUACUACCCACAACGACUUUAACCACAACAUCAACUCCAUCCCCCACGGCAUCACUGACGACCCUCGCAGUAUCGACAACCAGACAUUCGACUACAUAAUCGCCGGCGGCGGGCUAACUGGCCUCACCCUCGCCGCCAAACUAGUCGAGCAGAAGAAAUACACCGUCCUAGUGAUCGAAAGCGGCUUCUAUGCAUGGGAAUACGGCCCCAAGAUUGACGACCUCAACACCUACGGCCAAGUAUUCGGCAGCAGCGUCGAUCAUGCCUACGAGACCAGUCCGCAGCUCGUCGGCAACGACGGUGAAACUGGACUAGAUAAAGACAUCCGAAUUGUUCGGUCCGGAAAUGGUCUCGGAGGGUCAACGCUCAUCAAUGGGGGAACGUGGACCAGGCCUCACAAGUCGCAGCUUGAUUCGUGGGAAGAGGUCUUUGGGAAUACAGGGUGGAAUUGGGACGCGCUGAAGGGGAAGAUGGAUGAGAUUGAGGUUCCGAGGGAUCCGACGUCGGAUGAUAUUACGAAGGGGUCGUUCCAUAAGUUUGAUGCUAAGUGUCACAAUCAACAGCCGGAUAAGGGGAAGGUUAAAGUCGGGGCGAGGGAUCGGAAGUAUGGUUGGUCGCCGUUGAUCAAGGCGUUGAUGCAUACGGUUAACAGUACGUAUGAAGAGGUGGUGAAUCAGAAGGAUCUGUGUUGUGGGGAUCCAACUGGGGUGUCGAUGUUUUUGAACACGCUUACCAAUGAGCAAAUCCGGACGGAUGCUGCUAGGUCGUGGUUGAAGCCAAUCUUGGAUGAUGAUGAGUUGAAGCAGUAUAUUACGGUUUUGACGGGGGAGCUCGUUGGGAAGGUUCAUCUGGCCGACGCCAACCCUUCGGAGACAGGAACAGAAUUCAAAGCGAAAGGUGUGGAGUUUGGGGUGCACAAGAAACAGGAGUGGAAGUGGGAUGCUUGGGCUAGGAAAGAAGUCCUCCUAGCAGCGGGGUCCACGAUCUCUCCCCUCAUUCUGCAGUGGUCGGGAAUCGGUCCGAAAGCCUGGCUUGAUGCUGCGGGAAUAGAACAUAAGUUGGAGCUUCCUGUGGGAUAUAACCUCCAGGAUCAAACAACCACUUCGGUAGUGACGAAGCCGAAACCAGAAGCGAAUGGCCAAGGCCAGGCAGCCUACUUUGCAACCUUCGCAGAGAUCUUCGGUAACGAUGCUUCAGAUAUGGAAAAGCUCCUGAAAGACGAUACAGAGCUCGACAAAUGGGCAGAACACACAGUGAACGGCCACGGAUUCCCUGACAAGGCCAAUCUCCUAAAACAGUACAAGAACUACCGAGACUGGCUCCUAACCGACAAAGUAUCCUAUGCCGAACUAUUCCUUGACACCGACAACAGCACCCAUUUCGACCUCUGGAAUCUGAUCCCAUUCACCCGAGGGUAUGUCAAGAUCCUAGACAACGACCCCUACCUGCGGAGCUUCGAAUACAACCCACGAUACUUUGAGAAUAUCCUCGACUUGAACGGCCAAGCUGCUGCUACGCGGCUGGCACGACAAUUGACCAACACGUACGACAUGAAACAGUACGUGGACAAAGAGCAGGUCCCGGGGAGGUAUGUGCCAGAGAAUGCGAGUCUAACUGAAUGGGCCGAUUAUGUGAAGCAAAACUAUCGGGCCAAUUAUCACGGGGUGGGGACUUGCUCUAUGAUGAAGAAGGAGCUUGGUGGUGUUGUCGACCCGGAGGCUAAGGUUUAUGGUGUGGAGGGGUUGAGAGUGGUGGAUGGUUCUAUCCCGCCUACGCAGGUGUCGUCGCAUGUUAUGACGGUGUUUUAUGCAAUGGCUGUGAAAAUUGCGGAGUCUGUUAUUAAGGAUGCUGGUAAUGCUUAG